AUGGCCGUUAAAAGAUUUGUUCCGCUUGUUUUGUAUUCUGCGAUAUUUUUGUUCUAUUUUUUUUCGUUGAGGUCCAUGAAAGAAAACUCCAAGGCGAUAAGAAGUGAUCCAGAAAAAUCAGCGAGGAUGCCCCAAGGAUAUAGAAAUAUGAAAAUAUACGAAAAUCGAUUUUUUACUGGCUGGACGUUUAUGUUGCAAAUACUCUUCGUCACCAUAGCAUCUGUAGACGAAUUAACAAAACUCUUAGGCCUACCGUCAGUUGUCAAAAAUCUGUUUGGAAAAACCAGAGCGUUUCUCUUCAACGCCCUUCUCUUUCCCUGCACAGUACUUGUCAUAGUGACUUUCUGGUCGAUCUGGCACGUGGAUAGAGAGCUAAUAUUCCCUAAGGAAAUAGAUGAAUAUUUCCCUUCGUGGUUGAACCACGUUCUGCACAGUUUCAUUGGUAUACCUAUUUUGUUGGAAUUGCUGCUACCAAAAAAGGAUCAUUUUAUCGCAUUUAAGCCUGCAGCUGUUACUCUUCUGUUAUAUUGUGGAAUCUACCAGAGUUUGUAUUUUUCGAUCUACUUCAAAGACGGCGUAUGGUUGUAUCCUAUUUACAAAGUCCUUGAUUGGCCUCAACGUUUCAUCUUCAAUGUCAUCCAAGUGGCCUUAAUUUUAGGCUUCCAAUAUGUAGGCUUAGCAAUUCAAAAUAGCAAAAAUACCAAAAAAUCGAAACAAAAAGUCAAGUGA